AUGGCCGUGCUGAAAACUGAAAGAUAUCUUUUAUUUUCAGACUGGGAGCCUGCAAUUAGAGUUGGUGUGCUGGAUUGUGGGGAAGAAGAGAACUAUGAGACGUGCAAAGAAUAUGGUAUUCACUAUUACCCAACUUUUAGGUACUUCAAAGCAUUUACAAAGCAGUUUACUACUGGAGAAAAUUACAAAGGAGCAGAUCGAGAGCUGCAAACAGUUCGUCAGAUGAUGAUUGACUUCUUACAGAACCAUUCCCAAGAGUUGAGACCGCCUGCUUGCCCACCAUUGGAUCCAGUUUCGUCCAGUGAUAUUACUUCUCUUUUUGACAAGAACGGCCGUCAUUAUACUGCCAUUGUGUUUGAAAGUAAUAGCUCCUAUGUUGGACGAGAGGUUAUCUUAGACUUGAUCCAGUAUGAAAACAUCGUUGUAAAGAGAGCGUUGAAUUUUGAUAAGCCUUUUCUUGAGAAACUUGGUAUUACCUCAGUCCCUUCAUGCUAUCUGAUGCAUCCAAAUGGGUCCCAUGGAUUAAUUAACAUUUUGAAACCUCUACGAUCUUUCUUUUCUUCGUAUCUGAAGUCACUGCCAGGUGUAAGAAAAAAAAUUCUUUUGCCACUUCAGCUACCUGUUCAAGAAAACAAAGAGGAGAGUACAGAAAUCAAGGUGUGGAAAGAGUUCGAUAAAUCUAAGCUGUACAUGGCUGACCUUGAAUCGGGAUUGCAUUACCUACUCAGGGUAGAGCUUGCUACGCACAAGACACUUGAGGGAGCUGAGCUAAAGACCUUCAAGGAUUUUGUUACUGUCUCUGCCAAGCUUUUUCCAGGCCGUCAGCCUGUGGUGAAGUUGUUAGAGACCUUGCAAGAGUGGCUGGUGAGCCUUCCAUUAGACAAAAUCCCUUAUGAUGCUAUCCUAGAUCUGGUCAACAACAAAAUGCGGAUUUCUGGGAUAUUUCUUGCUAAGAAAAUUCAGUGGGUCGGAUGUCAGGGCAGCAGACCAGAGCUGAGAGGUUAUACCUGUGCUCUUUGGAAGCUGUUUCAUACCCUAACUGUUCAAGCUGCACUGCGACCAAAAGCUUUGAUGAAUACAGGUCUUGAAGACAAUCCCCAAAUAGUGCUUCAGAUCAUGCGGAGAUACAUUCACCACUUUUUUGGAUGCAAGGCUUGUGCUCAGCAUUUUGAAGAGAUGGCUAAAGAGUCCAUGGAUUCCGUUAAGACCUUAGACAAGGCUGUUCUCUGGCUCUGGGAGAAACACAACGUAGUGAAUAACAGGCUCGCAGGUGAUUUGACUGAAGAUCCAAAAUUUCCCAAAGUUCAGUGGCCAACUCCAGACAUUUGUCCUGUGUGUCAUGAAGAAAUUAAAGGAUUACACAGCUGGAAUGAAGCCCAAGUUCUACAGUUCAUGAAGUAUCACUAUAACAGUGAAAAUAUUCUGUAUAAAUACACCGAAAGCCAGACUGACUCCGGUGAAACUGAGCAGGGAGAUACAAGGGAGGUGAAAGACAAAAGCCUACUGAAGAAACCAAGCGGAAACAGAGAAAAUAAGAUCCAGGAUAAAGAAAACAUACUAGAUUCGGAAUCUAAGGUGUUAGAUAAGCUAAUGGCAAAUCAUGGACCUGUCAAAGAGAGCGGUAAAAGUGCGGUUGGAUCAGCUAACCUUAAAGAGACGAAGCAGGCUGUGUCUUUCUUAGGGAUUGGAUUUUCAAACGUAGACAUGAGUCUGUGUGUCAUACUGUAUGUAGCAUCGUCCUUAUUUUUAAUGAUAAUGUACUUUUUUUUCCGAAUGAGAUCUAAACGGUGGAAAGUGAAGUAUUAUCGUUCAUCUGUAUAGAAGUUUAAAUCGGAAACAAAAGUUUUCAUCGUAUGUGGCUGUUCGGUACCAGAUACAGCUUUAAUAUUUAUGAUCAGGGAUUUUAUAGCAGUAUUCCUUGUUUAAAACCCCUUUCUUCCCAAGUCAUUUCGCAAGUGUUGUAGCUUAAUAUCUGGAGCUCGCUGGCUGUAAGAACCCUAAUCUUUAACUGAGGCACAUAGUGCUAUCAUAAAAUGUCCACUGAAGUAAGCAUUGCAUUUUUCAGUACCACCUACAUCCUUUACUCAUUUUCAGAGUAAACAUUACAUUAUGCAAUCGACUGUGCCUGGUUUUAGAAAGAAAUUGGAUAUUGUUUUGUGUACUUCAAGUCAGUUGUUUUGGGUUUUUUUUUAAUUUAUCCAGCGCUGAUUUUACCUACCAGAGUACUGAACAGUUAUGCUGUUACCUUGGCUGCUUCAUUUGGAGAAGCAAGAAUUCUGAUUUAUUUUUUUUUCCAGGAAACAAGAGUUCUAUUCUGAUUAAAUCAGUUCUAACCCUACGUGACUUUCUCAAAUAUUAUUUACACUGCAUAUUUAAAGUAGAAAGUAUUAUGUCUUCAAAUAAGUCUUCCGUCUUCCAUUCUCCCAUGCGUUCCAAGCCAAGGAUGUGUAUGUGUCUGCUAGGGUGAGAGCUUUGGGGCAGUUUGUACCCCACUGAGCAGCCUGAUUCUGAUUGCUCAUGCUGUCACCCGCUUUAAUGGAGUUCAGAUGUCAGCAAGGACAGACUCGGACCCAGUGCUUUACUGGCUCCUCCACUGGAUGUGUCGAUGGAACGCUAGAUAACUCGCCUCACUCAUUUAUGAACCAGAGAAGUCGCUGAGCGGUUGUUGUGUUAUCCAGAUGGAAGCCAGUUCUGAUGAACUGCAGUAAAGGGAAACGGUGUUUUUAGUGAAGGACAGUGAGAUUUGCAUCAGCAAGCCAGAACAAACAUACGGAUCUGGAAGUACUAAGUGUCUUACUAUGUUGGAUAACUCAGUUACAAUAUAGUAAUUUUUCUUCUUGUAAGGUGGGUAAACCCUUCACUUGGUAUUUCCAGUUCUGAGCUCACAGAGUCACCUGCUCGCUGUAAAGUUGUCUGCACAGGACUUAGAAGAACAGCCCAUUUCUCUUGUCCUUGUGCUGGAGGGCUCCUUUGUUUGGGUCGAGAAGGGUUUAACUAAAGGUUAAGUCUGAGAGCUGCUCCGUUCUGGGAUGUGGCAGCAGUUGGGAAUAUGGCGGUUGCCUUUAUGGAUCUGCCUGGCUCUCUGGGGUCCUGGCUGGCAGCAAUUAGAAGAAACUAUGAAAAUGGUUAUAAAUUUACCAUUCAGAAUAGGAGUUCCUUUCUGAUCCUAGCUGUGGGGGAUAAUUCACGUCCUGGAUAGUGAAGUUUAUAAUCCUAUCCAAUGUAAUUGAGCAUGUUCUAGUUAUCCAUUACCUAAUCUUUAGUUAAUCCUAAUAGGUUUUGGCCUCAAUGUUUUCUUGUGGCAGUGAGUUCUACAGAUUAAUUAUGUUAUAUAAAAAGGCUUUUCCUUUCAAUUCUACGUUUGCAACUUCUAAUUUAAUUGAAUGUUCGCUAGCUCUUCAGUUUUGCGAGAAGGAAUAAAUAGUCCCUGGCCAGUUUGUAUUUAUACUGUUAGUGUGUCCUCCUCUUAUUUCCAUCAUAAGCCCUAGCAUAAAAAGUUUAAAGCCUAGCAACGAGAAUGGUCUAAAAGCACAAAAACUCGACAGGGUUAGUUUUUCGCCAUCAAACCUUGUUUGUUCACAAAACUGAACCUUUCUGACACAAGUUUCUGCAGCUUCCAGUUGGAAUAAAAAAAUUGAGCUUCAAAGAUUGGCUGCCCCUUGUUCCUGAAGUUUAUCAAAAUAAUGUGUGCAUAAAGUAAUAACCUGCUGUGGUUAUCGUAAACGUAUGUCCGAGGAAAAACCCUCUGCUGGCGUAAUACUGUUAGUCUGAUGUGCAGCAAGAGGCACGUUAUCUGUGGUUUCCUUAGGCCAUCUUCGCUGUUUAUCAUAUGCACCCAAUGGCUCUUGCUCCAAUGUAAGAAACUUGACUCCACGCUCUCUCCGCAGAGCUGGAGGCCGGCUCCUGCCUUCUGCCGCGCGGAGCUGGGAGCACCUGCGGCCAAACUGCUGCUGCCUGUGCUCCGACACAAAAACUGCGCUCUAAUUUUGACGUUCAGUCUGCGACAUUAAGUCAGCGCUUUCUAAGGACGCUCACUGUUCCAGAGUUCUGGCACAAGGAGCCAUUGUGGGUCUCUCUUUUCUCCAGGAACUUAUAAGGCUCCCUAUAAUUAUCUUUGUAGCACCUGGGCUUGAAUAUGAAAACAACUUGUAAGAAAGAAAGGCAGUGAACCACCAGUGGACGAUGAUCCAGGCUGGCUCGUUGGGGCCGCUUGCUCCGUGCUGGAAUCCAGCGCAAGGUCCCAGGAGGAGGUUUGGUAAGAGGAAGGCCCAGAGUUUCCAAAUUUAAUUUUGAAAACCAGGCAACUUUUAAGUGACCUGAUCUGGGGAGAUGUUAGUAUCAGCCAAGAAGCAAGGACAUUUAGCUUCUCAAAAAAAACCCAAACAAACAAACAAAAAAAAAACUGCAAAAACAAACCACCCAAACACCAAAAAACCAAGACUGCAGCAUAGCAAGUACUGGAUCUGAAAAAUCUGGCCCAUUCCUCUGGGGCCGUUGAAUUUCCCGCUGUCGUAACUGUGGCAUUUUCUGAAGUUGAAAAUCCAUUGUCAUCGCUGCCGCUUAGACCUCUACCAAACACACAGACCUGAGUUUGUUACCUUUGACUCAUUCUGCUUAUUUUCAUCUGCAUAUGAAAGCAGAAGGCUUGGAAGGUUUGUGGGGUGAUUUUGCCAUUAAAACAGCAGCAAAUGCGGGUUUGGAAUAAGGUGGGGUUUUUUUGCUACGUGCCGUUAACUUCCAUGUUUCUGUGACCCUGCCGGCGAUGUGACAAAAGGAACCCAUACGCAAGUGCGGGUUUUUUGGUUGGUUGGUUGUUAUGAGUGUAAAAGCAUGAAAAUAGGCUGUUGAUGAUUAUCUGUGCUGGAGCUCUAACUCCGUGGCCAGCUAAUGGUGAAGGCUUUCACUUUAAUUGCUAGCAGAGACCUCAGCUGGAAACCUUUUCUUGACUUUGAAUUCGGUUGUGUAAAUCUUGGUUUACUUGUUCUUAUUUUCUCUCUUUACACUGACAAAUGAUAUCCUUUUGUGUACUCCGACUGUAAGGACACAUCACGUCUGCUGGGGGAUGCCUGGUGCUGCUUUGCCGUGGUGCGUUAUCGCUGGGGGAGGUACAAGAAAGUGUUUCCUUUUGUAAAAAUGGCCUCAAACCACCACCUCCUCAGUCCCGGAGGCUUUGGUUGUGCCUUGUGUUGUACCACAGCAGUUUCUGCAAUGCCGCGUUCAUCUGUGGAUCGUACCGUGCUGGUGGCAGUCAUUUCCGAGAAGGAUUUCUUGGCCCCUUUGUAAUUCACGGAGCCUUCUUUUGCUCUCCGGAUGGUUUUAAAGAGGAAAUAUUAAACCUGCGUAGAAAAUAAACAGAGCGCUGUGGAAUGUGCCAGGAGAAAAGCUGUGAGUGCUAAAGAAACCCGAUGAAGUUAUUCCUGAGAACUCUUAAGCUUUACUUUCCAGCAGCGUAUCCAUCCUGCUAUUCCUGCUCAGAACUGGAUGGGAAUUGCCAUCUUAGCGAAAGGUCCAAGGCGUCUUGUCUAGGUCUGUGCAUUGCCUACGAGAUAUUGAAAAUAGUGACUAUAAGAGCCAGUAAUUUAAAU